AUGGCCCGCUUCAGUAGGAAAGAGAAGAUGGCCACGAAAGCCAGUAAGCCGUUAAUCUGGUGCAAUGGUGGGCAGAAGGGUAGAGCCAGCCUAGUCAGCUACUUGCUGACUCAUAUUCUGAUUGGGACCAUUAUCCUGUUUAAACAGAAGCUAAUCUUUUCUUGCAGAAUCACGGCUUGUGCGAUGACCAUGAAUAAGUACGUGGAAGAGAACGUGUCUCAGAAAUCCUACACGACCAUCAAGUAUUUCAUGAAAAUGCUAAGCAGCGUCAGCGAGACCCUGAUCUUCAUCUUCAUGGGCGUGUCCACCGUGGGGAAGAACCAUGAGUGGAACUGGGCCUUUGUCUGCUUCACCCUGGCCUUCUGCCUGAUCUGGAGGGCGCUGGGUGUUUUCGUCCUGACUCAGGUCAUUAACUGGUUCCGGACAAUUCCCCUGACCUUCAAGGACCAGUUCAUUAUUGCCUACGGGGGGCUCCGGGGGGCCAUCUGCUUCGCACUGGUGUUUCUCCUUCCGUCCUCAGUGUUCCCCCGGAAGAAGUUGUUCAUCACGGCAGCAAUCGUGGUCAUAUUCUUCACCGUCUUCAUCCUGGGAAUAACUAUCCGACCACUGGUGGAGUUCCUUGAUGUUAAGAGGUCCAAUAAGAAGCAGCAAGCUGUCAGUGAGGAAAUCCAUUGUCGGUUUUUUGAUCACGUGAAGACCGGGAUCGAAGAUGUUUGUGGUCAUUGGGGUCACAACUUUUGGAGAGACAAGUUUAAGAAGUUUGAUGACAAGUACCUGAGGAAGCUUUUGAUUCGGGAGAACCAACCCAAGUCAAGCAUUGUGUCUUUAUACAAAAAGCUUGAAAUAAAACAUGCCAUCGAGAUGGCAGAAACUGGGAUGAUAAGCACUGUUCCUUCUUUUGCAUCUUUAAAUGACUGCCGUGAAGAAAAAGUAAGGAAGCUCACACCUGGUGAAAUGGAUGAAAUCCGAGAAAUAUUGUCAAGAAAUCUCUAUCAGAUCCGUCAGCGAACCUUGUCCUACAACCGACACAAUCUGACGGCGGACACAAGUGAGAGGCAGGCCAAGGAGAUCCUGAUCCGCCGGCGGCACAGCCUCCGCGAGAGCAUUCGGAAGGACAGCAGCUUGAACCGGGAGCACAGGGCUUCCACUUCAACCUCCCGAUAUUUAUCCUUACCCAAAAAUACAAAGCUUCCAGAAAAGCUACAGAAGAAAAAGAAUGUUUCUAAUGCAGGUGGCAACAGCAGCGACUCCGACCUGGAGGCGGGGACCACGGUGCUCAACCUGCAGCCUCGGGCCAGACGCUUCUUGCCAGAACAGUUCUCAAAGAAAGCCCCCCAGGCCUAUAGAAUGGAGUGGAAGAACGAGGUGGACAUGGAUUCCAGGCAGGAUCAACCCCGCAGCUCCCCAGCUGCCCACAGUAAAGAGGGGUGCCCCCAGACCCAGGGUGUGCUCUGCCAGCCCCUCCUUUCCAAAGGCCACUUUGGCUCCGUGCGGGGUGACCGUGUCCAUGAAGGCAUCCGACCCAAGCCGCCCCCCAGGCUGGUCCGAAGGGCCUCGGAACCUGGAAACCGGAAGGGUCGAUUUGGGAGCGAGAAGCCUUAAUGGAAAUGGCCAAAGCAGACCUGGGGGGACCGGCCCCGCCCAGCUGUGGCGUGUUACCUAGCAACCUGACACAGCAAUGGAAUCCACUUAAACCCUCUAUGCAUUUAAAUACUGUCCUUGGGUAGAAAUCAUGCCAGUGGCCAGUGAUCCAUGGGGCAAAUGGUCACCCCAGGAAGAAGAAAAUCAAAGAAAACUCCCCUAUGGUGUCUUUGAUGACUUGCUGGCAGUUGUGUUCUUUGCAAGCCUAAAGAAAGAGAGAGGAAAAACAAAACAAAACAAAAAACACUUGUGCCUUUAUUGAACUUGAAGGACAGAACUUGAAAUUUUUAACACACCCUUGUUGGUGAAAGUUUUAAUAUAUACAUAUAUGCCUCAGAUUUUAUUUAUGAAAACAUAUGUAUAUCUGUAAUUAGUUUUUCAGUGAAUGGCACUAAAAAUACUCAGAACACCUUUCCACGGCAUCCAGGCCAGCUUCCAUAGGAUAGGGGGUAGGUCAUCAGCUCCGGAUUGGUGGUGGGGGGGUGGGUGUUUCCUGAUGAUUCUGAGCUGAUGGCUGUUGGUUAAGAAAGAUCACAGCAUGGAGCAGAGAUUCCUGAGGACGCCAACAGCUAGAAGACCUGGGCGGACGAGGCCUGGCUGCCAGACUGUAGGUCCUCUGAAGUUGUGAGAGUCGGCUGGUUUUUAAUGUGUUCCUCAUUCUACUGUGUUUGUGGGCGAUGUACAGAUUCCAUCUCCCCGUCGUGUUUAAAUGGUACCAAGAGAAAGGUGGAAGGUGUGGGUGGACCAGCUUACGCUGUAUGACAGACUCAGGGCCAGCGUGGGACAGAGCUUGGCCUCACGUGCUGGGUGAGGGGUGACAGGACAGUGCCUGCUUGCAGCUGGCUGGCAGGUUUUGUGCAAUACUGGGGGGAUGGUGCAGGAGAUCCCCUGUCACGCCCAUCUGCGACCACCUGCUUUAGGAUUUUUCUGUAGAACAUUCUAGAACUUUGAAUCCAGGACAGAGGCUCCAAGCGGACAAGGAUAAAGGUUGAGAUAAAUGAUAUUCUGACCCUUAACAAACUGGUGGGGAUUCUGGUUUUGAAUUUCAUACAGGAAGCACUUUGGAGAAUGUGGGAGUUCUAUUUUUUUUUUUUUUUUUUUUGCACUAGUCUAAUUUGUUACCUCUCCCCUGUCAAGAAAGUAGUAGCUCAAAUUCUUCAUAUAAAAAUGAGUUCUACUCAUCUGAGUACUUUUUAAAAGUACAGCAGAAAGACCAGAAAUGGAACAUAACCAUUAAAGAUUAAUAUUGGAAUCACUCAGACUGUAGAUUUUAUUGGCCUGUCAUUUUUCCCUGAAAAACCUUUCUAUAAAAAUUGACAAGACUUGGAAUUUCUGGGGUUUAGAUAUGAAAUGAAGCCACUCUCGAUGGACUCGCAUUGGAGAGACAGUUGCUAUGUCUCUCCCUUGGAGACAUAGCAAAGGAUACAAGUGACCACAUAUAAUCGCUGGAAAAACAAGAAUAAACUAAACAAAAAUAUCCGGUACUUAGAAAUUCUCAGGCUUAGAUCUCGUCCCUUUUUCUACCCUCACUGAUGUGGAGAAGUAAAUCUUCUACCCUUUUUUCUCAUGUUCUAAAAUCUUGAAUGCUGCUGGAUUGUCAAGCACUAGGUGGAGGGAAGGGUGAACACACAAGGUACACGUGUAAGAAGAGCACGAUUCCUUCCCCAAACUCUCCCAGGUUGAUCGGUGGAAAGCAAAGGAGACACAAUUUGAAGACUACACGCUUAGGACUCUGUGCCAAAAUUCUUAAUUUUAAAUGGAAAUAUAUUUAUAUAAAAAGUAUAUAUUUCAUCUGCUGGAAAUAAAUUAAAGCUGAAUUUUAAUGUAGAAUCUUUAUUAUAGGACUAUGAUUCAUCAAGAGAUGUGAUGUAUAUUUUUGAGAAUUUGAAGAGUAAGUUACAGUUAAUGAAAUCUGAAAUGGAAAGUUGAAAUGUAAAAUAAUAACCUUAAAAUAAAUGU